UAUAGGACGAAUACUUUUGUCAACCAUAUGAUUAGUGUUAUCUAAUGCAAAAAAAAGAGGAAAUAAUAUUAAUCCCAAAUGACAAAAACUAUAAGAAUAUACUUCGAAUAUAUUGACUUUCAAUUCUUAGUAGGAAGAAAUAUCGACACGGAAUGAUUCCUUGAUCCAUAGAAUAUGCUUAACAAUGUUUGGUCUUUAAAAGAAGACAACUUCAAACUUUGGUGCAAUACCUUCUUGAGAAAAAAAAAUUAAAAAGAUGAAAUUUGGAAAAAGAUUUCGCGUUAAGAUAUCGAUUAUCAUGCCUGAAUGGGAAAGUGAGUGUAUGUCUUACAAAGACUUGAAAAAGCAGUUGAAUUUAAUGGACCCAGAAAGACGCCAUGAGGGUUUUCAACAAUUACUCAAGAAUGAACUUGAAAGGAUGAAUGAUUUUUUUGUGAGGACUGAAGAAGAAUACAUAAUCAGAUUCCAGGUGUUGAAAGACAUGAUAGCUGAUGAAUAUAGCAGUGAAGAUACAGCACAAAUGACAAGUGAUCUCCUGCAAUUCCACAAUAAACUGGUUUUGCUACUUCACUACAAUGUCCUAAAUUGUGAUGGAUUCUUGAAGAUCAUCAAGAAACACAGGAAGAAAACUGGGAGAGAGUUUAAUUUGUCAUUUAUGCAGGGAGAUAAUCAACAACUGUUUUUCAUUGCAAAUUCACUCGGUUUACUUUUGGGAGAGUGUAAAGAGAUUCUAGAACAACUGGUGCGCAGAUGAUGCCCUUGUUUGGAGUAUUCCAAGUGGAAUAAAUGUCACGUAUUCUGCAUAUUGACACCAUGAAAUGCAGAAAUUACUAUAUACUUAUAUUUAAUAUUGAAUCAUGAAUGUCUCUAGCACUGACAUUUCAAUGGAUUUAGUGGUAAAUCUUGGCUAUAUGGAUCAUUGGGAGGAAUCGCUAUUGAGUUUUUUCUAUCCAUUAUGUACAAUGUAAUGUUAAAUACUCCUAUCAUAUGUUAUAUUUGGUAAAAUCUUUAGAGAGAGUCAGUGUUCAGUUGUACUCUUAA